GUAGCUAGUACAAAACCACACAUUUAUUGGUUGACGUUUGACAGCAGCAAAAAGCCCAAGUGAGUUGUCAACGGAGUAUUUAACGUAAACUUAGAAAUAGCUACACACGGAACGAUGGCAGGGGAGCAAAAUUACUGCAACCAGGUUGAGCAGUUCAUUUUGCAGGCCAAACAUGCUAAAGGACCUGCUCUGAUUGCCCUAAUAAACCAAGUGCUGGAGGCCCCCGGGGUCUAUGUGUUCGGGGAAUUUUUACAGCUUCCAUGCAUUCAAAGGCUAUCUGAAGGUCCAAACGAUGGCUAUUCACAAUUGUUGAACAUGUUUGCCUACGGCACAUACCAUGAUUACAAAGCAUUGAAAAGUUCCCUACCUCCUCUUUCUGAGGCUCAAAAGAACAAGCUGAGACAACUGACUAUUGUAACCCUCGCAGCAAAUACGCAGAUGAUCCCUUACUCUGUGCUCCUGAGAGACCUGGAGGUGGCCAGUGUGCGGGAGCUGGAGGACCUGGUGAUUGAAGCGGUGUACGCGGAAGUCAUCCAAGGGAAGCUGGACCAGGUGAGGCAGCAGCUGGAGGUGGACGGCUGCAUCGGCAGAGACCUCCCCGUGGAGGGCACGGCCUACAUCGCUGACACACUACAGCAGUGGUGCUGCAGCUGUGAGAGUAUCUCUGACUCAAUUGAAAAAGAGGUGGUUAAAGUGAGCCAGUGCAGGAAGAACCACCUCAAAGCCCUGCAGCAGAUACAGACUGAGAUAGGAGACAUCCGCAGGCUAAUCCAGGCCAACCCUACUUCCAUCCAACCCAUGGAGUCCAUCGUGGAGCAGGAGGGGGAGGGGGCCAAGGUAGGGUCAAGCUUUGGGGCAGAGCAGCACAGACAGCCCUCCCUUGAUAUGUUCUCCAAGGGCAAGAACCCAGUCCCCCCGAGGAGCUGACUUCCAGAACCGCAUCCUUAGGUCUCAGCCCAGGCCCAGUCACAGCCCAAGCCUCUGGCCCAGUCACAGCACAAGCCUCUGGCCCAGUCACAGCACAAGCCUCUGGCCCAGAGACACAGAGGGCCUUGAGCCCACCUCCUCCACCUUUAUA